CGCACACGGUCAUACACGCAGACCCUGAUCGAGAGACUCAAGAGAAUCAAAUUCUUCUUUGAAUAAAGACAUCCCAUCGCAUUUUGUCCAGAUUUUAGAUAUAAAAAAAGAAAACACUUCAACUUUGUACAAACUGGAAGGAAAAGAAAAGGUCCGCUAAUGCCAUUGUCACGAAGGUGAGAGAGAGAGAGAGAGAGAGAGAGAGAGAGAGAGAGAGUCUUUCUUUAGUGUCUUAACAUCAACUGGGAGACACACUCCUCUUCCUAGGAACUUGAUUGUGAGGAAUCGACGCAAGUACUCUUUGUACCCCCAGUAGAUUAAAAGUUCUUUGUCCUCGGUAUCAUGGUUUCGAGGUCUUAUUCUAACUUAUUGGAUCUUGCGUCCGGUGAAUCCCCAACUUUUGGUCGUGAGAGGAGGAGGCUACCUCGAGUAGCAACUGUCGCUGGAGUGUUGUCCGAGCUAGAUGAUGAUAACAGCAAUAGUGUUGGCUCUGAUGCUCCCUCAUCCAUCUCUCAGGAUCGGAUGAUCAUUGUGGGAAACCAGCUCCCACUUAAGUCGCAUCGUAGCGAUAAUGGACAGUGGAGCUUCAGCUGGGAUGAUGACUCACUUCUUUUACAACUUAAAGAUGGCCUUGGAGAAGAUGUAGAAGUAAUCUAUAUUGGCUGUCUUAAAGAAGAGAUUCACCCGAACGAGCAAGAUGAUGUAGCUCAAACUUUGCUUGAGACUUACAAAUGUGUACCAGCAUUUAUCACUCCUGAGGUUUUUAGUAAAUUCUAUCAUGGGUUCUGUAAGCAACAUUUAUGGCCUUUAUUUCACUACAUGCUUCCUCUAUCACCAGAUCUUGGUGGUCGAUUUGAUCGGUGCCUUUGGCAAGCUUAUGUAUCUGUGAACAAGAUAUUUGCAGAUAAAGUAAUGGAAGUGAUCAGUCCUGAUGACGAUUUUGUUUGGGUUCAUGAUUACCAUUUGAUGGUUUUGCCAACAUUUUUGAGGAAGAGGUUCAAUAGGGUGAAGCUUGGAUUCUUCCUUCAUACCCCAUUCCCUUCAUCUGAGAUAUACCGGACACUUCCUGUAAGAGAUGAACUUCUGAGAGCCCUUUUAAACUCUGACCUCAUCGGAUUCCAUACUUUUGAUUAUGCUAGGCACUUCCUCUCUUGUUGUGGUAGAAUGCUUGGGCUUUCUUAUCAAUCUAAGCGCGGUUACAUAGGACUCGAGUAUUAUGGUCGCACAGUAAGUAUUAAAAUCCUUCCUGUUGGGAUUCAUAUAGGCCAGCUCCAAUCUGUUCUGAAUCUUCCUGGGACUGAAUCUAAGGUUGCAGAGUUACGAGAUCAAUUUAGAGGUCGUACCGUUUUGCUUGGGGUUGAUGACAUGGACAUUUUUAAAGGAAUCAGCUUGAAACUUCUGGCCAUGGAACAAUUGCUCAUACAACAUCCUGAUAAGAGGGGUAAAGUUGUUUUGGUUCAGAUUGCAAACCCUGCAAGGGGCAGAGGCAAGGAUGUACAGGAGGUCCAGUCUGAAACUACUGCCAUGGUUAGCAGGAUUAAUGAGACAUUUGGAAGGCAAGGAUAUAAUCCAGUGGUCUUGAUUGAUACUCCACUUCAGUUUUAUGAGCGAAUUGCUUAUUAUGUAAUUGCAGAGUGUUGUCUUGUUACAGCUGUGAGGGAUGGGAUGAAUCUUAUUCCCUAUGAAUAUAUUAUAUGUCGACAAGGAAAUGAGAAACUAGAUGCGACCUUAGGGCUAAACACAUUGACCCCCAAAAAGAGCAUGCUGGUGGUAUCUGAAUUUGUUGGGUGCUCCCCAUCGUUAAGUGGUGCAAUUCGGGUUAACCCUUGGAACAUAGAUUCUGUAGCGGAAGCUAUGGAUUCGGCCCUAACAGUCUCUGAGGCAGAAAAACAGUUAAGGCAUGAGAAGCACCAUAGGUAUGUCAGUACACAUGAUGUUGCAUAUUGGGCGCGUAGCUUUUUACAAGAUCUUGAAAGGGCAUGUAGGGAUCAUGUGAGGAGGAGGUGCUGGGGAAUCGGUUUUGGUUUAGGGUUUCGAGUAAUUGCUUUGGAUCCGAAUUUCAGAAAGCUCUCAGUUGAUCAUAUUGUUUCAGCCUAUAAGAGGACUAAGAGCCGAGCAAUUCUUCUAGAUUAUGAUGGAGCUAUGGUGCUGCCCGGUUCAAUUAGUAACACUGCCAAUACUGAAGCUGUUGGAACCUUAAAAAGCUUGUGCAGAGACCCCAAAAAUGUUGUCUUCAUUGUUAGUGGGAAGGACAGGAAGACUCUGGUGGAAUGGUUUUCUUCUUGUGAAAAGAUUGGGAUUGCUGCUGAGCAUGGUUAUUUUUUGAGACCAAAUCAUGAGGAGGACUGGGAAACUUGUGUUUCUGUGCCAGAUUUUGACUGGAAACAGAUUGCUGAGCCUGUAAUGCAAUUAUACACUGAAACCACUGAUGGUUCUACCAUAGAGACCAAAGAGAGUGCUCUUGUUUGGAAUUACCAGUUUGCAGAUCCAGAUUUUGGCUCGUGCCAGGCUAAGGAGCUUCUUGAUCACCUGGAAAGUGUUCUUACCAAUGAGCCAGUUUCUGUCAAGAGUGGUCAGCACAUAGUCGAGGUUAAACCUCAGGGUGUUAAUAAAGGUAUUAUAGCAGAAUAUCUCCUCUCAACAAUGCGACAGAAGGGAAUGCUUCCAGAUUUUGUUCUCUGUAUUGGGGAUGACAGGUCAGAUGAGGACAUGUUUGAGGUGAUAAUGAGUGCGAAGGAUUCUCUAUCCCCAGUUGCUGAAGUUUUUGCUUGCACUGUUGGCCGGAAACCCAGCAAGGCCAAGUACUACUUGGAAGACACAACUGAGAUUUUGAGAAUGCUGCAGGGCCUCGCCAAUGCUUCAGAUCAGGCUAAUAGAAAUGCUCCUGCUGCAUCUCAGCGGGUGAUUUUUGCAGAGAAUAAAUAGUCUUCUCUCUCUAGGGAGAGCCCUUUCAUAAUCGAUGUGGGGUUCACUUGUGCGAAAUUUCUCAACUGGUAUCAUUUUUCUGGUCGGGGUCAAGCUUGGUGUAUUGGAGGUGUACAUGCUUUUCUGCCACAUUGCAAAAUUACAAAGUUGUUUCUACUGUCCGUGGAUAAAUGGUACCUAUUAUUUGUUUCUCCAUGUCAUGCUAUUGGUUUGAUUGUAUGUUGGUAUUUGUGAUUCUUUGGCUGGGGUUAGUGUGAUAGGCUAGCAAACUUGGAUCUCUCUGGGGCCUAUGCCAUAGCCUGUAAAAAUCAUUUCACCAGGGUCGAAGAGUUUACUGAAUAAGGCUCGGGGGAGUUAGAGGCAGCUACACUAACGAAUUACACAAUAAACUUGUUAUGGUCAGAUUUUACUUAAUUAGAAGUAAGUAUUUUUAGAUA